AUGAGGAGGGUUGUCAUUGAAACUCCAAAAAAUUCUUUGAAAUGGAAUGAUGAAAUGGACACCAUUUUGCUUGAUGCUUUAAUAGAAGAACAAAACAAUGAAAAUAGACCAAAAGAUGUUUUCUCAACUACAGCUUACAAAAACGUUAUCGAUACAUGCAUUAAAAAGCUUCAAGUCCCAUUGACCAAAGCUAAUAUUAAAAAUCAUGUUAAAGUACUGAAGGAAAAGUUUGGUGUUGUUUAUGACAUUUUCAAGAGCUAUAGUGGAUUUUCAUGGAGUUUAUUGACCAAAAGGUUUGAGGCUGAGGAUGAAGUAUGGGAUCAACUUAUACAGUGGAAGUACAUAGAGAUCCAAAAUUUUGAUAAGUUGUAUGAUCUAUUUGCAAAGGAUAGAGCAACUGGUAAAGGUGCUGUUAGUGCUAGAGAGAAGGUUCAACGAUGGGAGGCAAAUUUCAUACAGAAUGUUACUAAAGAUGGAGUUGAAAAUAAUAAUAAUGAAGGAUACAAUCCACAAUCUCUUAGUGAAAGAACUUCUUAA